AUGAGCAGCCGGUCAGCACCAGUCUCGCCUGCAACGCCCGAGACACCGUUCUACCCCUUUGCAAAUGCCAAAGGACUUUUGACGGUCAUUCGUGAUGAGCACUUGGACGUGCAGGCAGAGGCAGAGUUUCUGGCAGAUUUUGAAGACGAUGAUACCGUAGAUUCAAGAUCAAUACCACCGUCUCGGAGAUCUGUAGACACUCGUUCAGAGGCCCGCUCCGUCAUAAGCCAGGAAAUCUGGCUUGAAGACCAGACAAGUGGCGGGGCGUCAUCGACAUUUGCAAGAGACGCAAUGAUCACCGGUUGGACCUGCGUGGGAGAUCAGAAAGCUGGUGCCUACAUCGUAUACGACUGCGCUAUAACCACCAAAGAGGGAAAUACCUUUCACAUUCUGAGGCGAUACAAUGACUUUGUCCGACUCCGGCAUAGCCUCAUGAGGACGUUACAGUCAAAUGAACGAUCCUACGUCCCAAAACUGCCGCCAAAGUCGCCUCUGGCUCGCUAUCGCUCAGUCUUCCUUGACAAGCGAAGACGGGCUCUCCAGCACUGGUUCAGGACCGUCUUGCUUCAUCCUGACAUUGGAUCCUCCCAAGCCCUUCGCCAAUGGGUGAUGGAGUAA